UGUGCAACUGUUUAAACUGAAUUUGAAAGACGGUUGACUCUUGGAGAAUCGAGUGUUUAUGUUUUGGUUAUAGCAAUACGGAAUACACCGUACGAAUGGAUAAUGUGUUUUACAUUAAAUCAGCAUUCAUAGACUAUUCAUGAAAUAAAGAACAUUUUAAUAGGACAUUGCUAAAGUUAUCUUCGUAACAAUCUACCGUAAUUAAUACCUGCGUGAAGUACAACUAGGAUGGUAAGGGGGAGGUAGAACAAUAACAAAACCGUCAGUUUUCCACUUCGCUGUCGCUGGACAUUUCUGCAGGACGGGAUGAACAGUUCCAAUAUGAAGACUCUUGAGGAUUUGACUCUGGAUUCGGGAUACGGGGCAGGAGACUCUUGCAAAUCCUUGAGCCUGUCCUCCUCAAAAUCCAACUCUCAUGCGUUCAUGACUGCUCCGCACCGGGGCAACUGGUGGUAUUUCUCCGGCUCCAUGAACAGCAGAAACAACAGUUGGGACACAGUAAAUGCGGCGCUGCCUGAGGAUCCGGAGGAUAUUUUGUUAAAGUGUCCCCGUUUGCCAGACCUAGAAGAGCUCCCCUGGACGGACGAGGAGGUUGGGAAAAUCCUACGUAAAGUCGCGGGCAAAGGACCCGCUUUCUCCACCGAGUGUAUCCGGAGGCUCUCCAGUCUGCUGCGAAGAGCUCUGAUCCGGAUCUCGAGAGAAGCCCAGCGGCUGAGUGUCAUGCACUGCCGUUGCUCCCGAUUCGAAGUUCAGAGUGCAAUCCGGCUGGUGCUCAGCUGGGCGCUGGCGGAGAGCUGCGUGUCGGCCGCGGUGAAAGCGAUAUCGUUCUACAGCAUGAGCGCUGGCGAGCGGCUGCGCAAAGGUAAGUCAGCCCGCUGCGGACUCACUUUCUCCGUGGGACGUUUCUUCCGCUGGAUGGUGGACACUCGCGUCUCAGUGCGCAUCCACGAAUAUGCAGCCAUCUGUUUGACCGCUUGUAUGGAGAGCCUGGUGGAGGAAGUUGGAGCAAGGGUUCUGAUGUCCGAGCGACAGAGCGCAGACGGUGAACUGCUUAGUCGGCAGGUGACGGCUGAGAUGUUGGACGGAGUCAUAAAUAACGACGCCGAACUUUGGGGAGUCCUGCAGCACUAUGAGCACCUGAUAUGCGGAAAGAACGCCAACGGUGUCCUGUCCCUGCCUGCACACUUCAGCCCGUACACGGAGGGCGAGCAGACGGCUGUGGAGAGUCGGGAGGACGCCUACGCACAGCUGGAGCUGCACACCCUGGAGCAGGCCCUGCUGGCCACCUGUGUGGGGAGCAUCUCUGAGCUCAGCGACCUGGUCUCUCGGGCCAUGCAUCACAUGCAGAGGCUGAGCGCUGUACGCCCGGGGACCAGCCCCGCCCGCCAGUCCCGUCACCAGACCGUGUUCUGGUCUCCCGAUGCCCUGCACACUCUCUACUACUACCUGCGCUGCCCCCAGAUGGAGUCCAUGGAGAAUCCCAACCUGGACCCCCCACGCAUGGCUCUCAGCAAGGAGAGGCCCUUCCUGCUCCUCCCCCCUCUGAUGGAGUGGAUGAGGGUCGCCAUUGUUCACGCGGAGCACCGCCGUAGCCUAUUGGUGGACAGCGAUGAUGUCAGACAAACAGCCCGGCAGCUUCUCCCAGGACUGGACUGUGAGCCCAGACAGCUGAGGCCAGAAUGCUGCUCCAGCUCCUUCAGGGGCCUGGAGGCCAAAGCUGCGGCUGACCGGUUCCAGCUGGAUCUGGGCUUCCGCAUGCUCAACUGCGGCAGGACCGACCUCAUCGGCCAGGCCAUCGCCCUGCUGGGGCCGCAGGGAGUCAACACCAUGGACGACCAGGGAAUGACGCCUCUGAUGCAUGCCUGCUCCGCGGGGGACGAAGCCUUGGUUCAGAUGCUAAUUGACGCCGGGGCAAACCUGGAUGUAGCGGUUCCCGGCUGGUCCCCCAGGCACCCCUCGGUCCACCCUGACAGCCGGCACUGGGCAGCUCUCUCCUUCGCCGUGCUGCACGGGCACAUCUCAGUGGUGCAGCUCCUGCUGGAUGCGGGUGCGGGUGUUGAGGGCGCGGCGGUGAAGAAUGGGCAGCAGGGCGGCGCUGAAACCCCCCUGCAGCUGGCCUCCGCUGCAGGCAACUAUGAGAUGGUGAGCCUGCUGCUGGCCCGUGGGGCUGACCCCCUCCUCAGAGUGCAUGAUGGGAACGCGCUGACAUCAUCGCUCUACGAGGAAAUGAACUGCUUCAGUCAUGCAGCAGCACAUGGACACAGGAACGUGCUGCGGAAGCUCCUGGCCCAGCCGGCGCAGGUGAAGGAGGACGUGCUCUCCCUGGAGGAGAUCCUGGCCGAGGGGGUGGAGGGGGAGCAGGCCAGGGGCCGGGCCGGGGAGCGGGGGCCCCCCAGCCCAGGCUGCGUGUCUAACGGCGGGGGCCUUCGGCUCUGCAGGGCCCGGAGGAAGGCCCUCCAGGAGGCCACCUACUACAGCGCAGAGCACGGCUACCUGGACACCAGCGUGGAGCUGCGAGCGCUGGGUGUACCGUGGAAGCUCCACGUGUGGCUGGAGUCUCUGCGCAGCGCUCAGCACCAGGCCCGGCCCGCUGUGGUGCUCUCUCUCCUCAGAGAGUUCACCUCCAUCCCGGAGGAGGACUACUGCGAAGAGCUUGUCUGUGUAGGCCUACCCCUCCUCUUCACCAUCCUGAAGACCAGCAAGAGUGAUGCUUUAAACCAGCAACUGGCAGUCACCUUGAGCCACUGCUAUGGCUCCGCCCCCCUCCCCAUGGUCCCAGAGGUGAAGGUGGCCCUGUCUGCUCAGCUAGAUCCACACUUCCUGAAUAACAGCGAGAUGUCAGACGUGACGUUCAUGGUGGAGGGCCAGCCUUUUUACGGCCACAGGGUCCUGCUGAUCACUGCGUCUGAGAGGUUUAAGUCUCUGCUGGGCUCGUGUGGCUCAGAUGGAACCGCUGACUCCAACAAUGUCCAGAUCAGCGACAUCAAGUACCACAUUUUCCAGAUGAUGAUGAGCUAUCUGUACUGUGGAGGGGCGGAGUCUGUGAAGGGCACAGUGUCCGACGUGCUGGAGCUGCUUGCAGCAGCCAGUGUAUUCCAGCUGGGGGCGCUGCAGAGGCACUGUGAAAUCAUCUGCACACAGAUCAUUGACCUUGACAAUGCCGUGAGCAUCUACCGGACUGCCAAGGCUCAUGGGGCCGUGGAGCUGGUGGCGUUCUGCGAGGGAUACUUCCUGCAGAACAUGGUGGGUCUCCUGGAGAGGGACUGUUUCCGUGGGCUGAUCCUGGGCCCGGGGGGCCGCUGGGGGCCCGGGCGAGACUCCCCGCUGGACGGGCUGGAGGCCACGCUGGCACAGAGGCUGCGUUCGCUGUACGUCACCUCACAGGUGUGAGGGGCGCCCCGCCCGGCCAAUGAGGACAGCACGGGGACACGCCCCGUGUGUGCAUCAGCGUGUGGGCGUGUUCCUGCGCCUGCCUGGAGCUGCUGUGAUUCUGGCCCCGUGGAGGCCAAUGUACCCACACCCUCCGGACCUUCAUCUCCCCGUGACAGCCCUGGCAGGUUAGACUGCAGGCACUGUGAAAGGGAUGGUGCACUGUGACACUGCUGCCCUCUGGUGGACUGGAGGGACACUUCCAGAAUCCAGCAAAGAGAACGGACCCUGACGGUGAGCCUCAGAACUCAAGGGCAGAAAUGAAAGGUUACAUUUGGGGAAAAAAACAAAAAAAACACUGUGUGUAUGUGUGUCUGUUUUUAUGGUAUAAGAAAAAAAAAAAGGCUUUUUGGAUAUAAUUUAUAAUUUAAAGCAGAAACUUGGUUUUAUUUAAUUGUGGCUGUUUGUUAUUCCUGGUGAAUAAUGUAAAAGAAUACUAUUAGGGUUUUCUCUGGCCAGUUUUCUACUUGUUUUUUUUUUAUUUUUACUUUGGUGCAUCAUCUUUAUUUACUCGAGUUUAGCCUGAUAAGUGAGAAGCCCAUUUUAAACAAGGCAGCAUUUAAAUGUGUCAGUUGGGCAUUGUUCCGGUGUACAGUAAACAUUUAUUAGAGGCAAGGUUUUGUUGCCCUUUGCUAUGUUGCUCUUUUAUCAUGCGUUUCGAUUAACAGGCAUCUCCUGUAGCCGAAUAAAGGUGCCAUAUAUUAUCGUUAUAAUUAAGAAUUUUUUGUGCAUAUUUGAGUGCUACUUUUGAAACCAUAUUUUGGCUAAAACGGAACCCCUUUCGCAGAGAUUAUUACCGAUAAUUAAACAUGUAACUGCUACUAACAUGCUAGUGAAGGCUUGAAUGUACAGAACACUUCUCAAAGCACACUGCAGUGAAGUGGGUCGUCACCUCAGUACCCACAUCUAUCCACAUUUUCAUAGAGAAUAGUACUCGGCCUGUUCAGCAUUCAGAGUCUUUAUCGAUCCUGUAAGCAUUACAUCAAAUUCAGAUCAUUCAAUAAAUCUGUGGAAAAUGUGCAA